AGGAAGGAGAACGCCGGCAAGGCCGACGAGAACAACGAGCAGAAGCCCAAGAGCAGCGCGCCGCCCGGCAGCGACCUGAUACGCGAGAUUCCCCAGCAGCCGAGCUCCAUGUUCUUCCAGCACAACGAGGCCCUGGUGCCGCCGUACAGCGUCCUCGUCGACACCAACUUCCUCUCCCACACCAUCAGCCGCAAGAUCCCCCUGCUCGAGGGCCUCAUGGACCUGCUCUACGCAAAGGCCAACCCCAUCAUCACCGACUGCGUCAUGGCCGAGCUCGAGAAGCUGGGGCCCCGGUACCGCCUCGCCCUGCGCAUUGCCCGCGACACCCGCUGGGAGAGGCUCAAGUGCGACCACAAGGGCGUUUACGCCGAUGACUGCAUCGUGGACCGCAUCAUCAAGCACCGUGUCUACCUGGUUGCGACCAAGUAAGCUAGCUCAUGUUCCUUUUCCUUUUUCUUCCUCUUCCUGGAGGGCGAGUGUCAGUCGUGUUUUGCUAACACCAGUUACCCCCCCUGCAGCGAUAAAGCUCUCAAGAAUAGGAUACGAAAGAUUCCCGGUGUGCCCAUCGUCUCGUGCGCCAAGGGCAAAUACGUAGUCGAGAAGCUGCCAGAUGCGCCGAUAUAGAAGGGAAGGCGAGGACAAUAGGUACGCAUCGACAUACGUGUUUGGGAGCGGUGCAUCAGAAGAGCAUUAUUCCGUUCGGGGCUGGGAGUCGGGGCGUUUGAUUGAUAAAAUAAAAGAAAGAAGGCAGGUCAUGUCAUGGCAUAUCAUUUUGUGUUGAACAAAGCAUGGUACAGGGCGUUCAGGUCGGCAAAAAAAA